UUCAAGCAGUGGUGGAUGACGCAAGGACAAAGGACAUGUCACAGUUGCAGUCUAUUUUAGUCUAUCUCAAUUAGUCUGUGGUUUAAGUUGGGCUAUCAAAGGCAUGCAACAGCUUACUGGUGGUUCAAAAGGCAAGAAAUUCGACUAAAAACAAUACUAGUAACACAUUUUCUGAAGUAAAUUGUGGUAAGCCUUACACAAAGAAGAGGCAAGUAGAGGCAAAACUGAUUUAAGUGAAGAGCCAUGCAGGUGCAUUGCAAGGCCGGAACACAACGUGUUCAAGAUGGGGUCACAGACGGAGUUGGUAUUACAGUCGGAGAUGGAGUUAGAGUGAGUGAUUUGGAGAGGAGUCAAUGCAGAAGAGUUUUGAUGCCCAUUCACCGAACCCCGGUGCAAGUUUGAAUCUCUCCUAGUGCUGAGCUGAUUUGCUGAGUUCGACUACGGCUUUGGGCUGGCACUACCUGGUGCUUGGACAAUUUAAACACUGCUCCAGACAGACUGGAAAGCCCAAGUGUCAGAACCAGAAGUGAGGAUCGGACUGAUUCCACUCGCUCUCCCGUUAUGUCCAUUCCUCUCCCUCCAUGGUGCCAAAGCUGUGAACUGUUCCUGCUCCUGUGCUUCAUCUCGGGUUCUUUUAAAGACUCUGACCUGGAGUCACACGCAGGCUUCGGUUCUUUGCAGGAAUGGGACCCGUUCUCGGGGUUCCACAACUGGCUGUUAUUCGACAUGCCAAGGGUUUGGCCUGAGAGACUCGAUGGUGUUUGGAAGCCUAAAAUCUUGGGGCUCUGGAGAUGGGCGGAUCAAGGGUCAGUGUCACAGCAGGAGGCUCGCGUUUCAUCGAGGAGGCCGGAAAAUCUUUCGCUGUGGGCCCGAAGACCCGAGGUCUUUGCGAUCUUUGGACACAGAGCUUGAAAGAAGCAAUGAAACAGACUUCUAACAUCGUAAACCAACGGGUUGUUGUUAUGUCUCCUGCUUGCUGUGAAAAUGGGGGACACCUCCCUCUCCCCUGCCAGGGAGAGAGAGAACCUGUGAUUUGUUGAAUGUCGGAUGAAAUGCGAAGACUUUGGGGUAACUUUGGUCUGUGUCUUUGCUAUUGCGUAGCACAUGCUUGGGCUGGGUGAUGGUACUGAUGCGCUUUGUUUUUGCUGGUGGGGGGAAGGGUUGCUUGCUGCCGCUUUCUCGCGGGAAGGGAGAACUGGGGGGGGUACUUUGGGGUUCUCACAUUUAACUGUCGUUCAUUCUUUUGGGUACUUCUCUAUUUCUGUGGAUGUUUGCGAAGAAAAAGCAUUUCAGGAUGUAUAUUGUAUACAUCUCUCUGACAUUAAAUUCGACCUUUGAACCUUUGAAGUGAGGCCUCACUAGUGCUUUAUAAAGCCUCAACAUUACAUCCUUGCUUUUAUAUUCUAGUCCUCUUGAAAUGAAUGCUAACAUCACAUUUGCAUUCCUAACCAUAGCCUCAACCUGCAAAUUAACCCUUAGGGAAAUUAACCCUGUACAUGGACUCUCAAGUCCCUUUGUGCCUCUGAUUUUUGAAUUUUCUCUCCACUUGGGAAAUAGUCAACCCUUUCAUUUCUUCUACCGAAGUGCAUAACCAUACACUUCCUGAUAUUGUUUUCCAUCUGCAACUUCUUUUCCCAUCUCUUAACCUGUCCAAGUCCUUCUGUUGUAUCUCUACUUCCAAAAAACUACCUGCCCCUCCACCUAUCUUCGUAUAAUCUGCAAAUUUUGCAACAAAACCAUCAAUUCCAUCAUCCGAGUCAUUAACAUAUAAUGUGAAAAGAAGCAGUCUCAACACUGGCCCCUGUGGAAGACCAAUAGUCACCGGCAGCCAACUAGAAUAAGCUCUCUUUAUUCCCACUCUUUGCCUCCUGCCGGUCAGCCAAUUUUCUAUCCAUACUAGUAUCUUUCCUGUAAUACCAUGGGCUCUUAACUUGUUAAUGACUUGGAUGAUGGAAUUGAUGGCUUUGUUUGGUGCCCCAUGUGUGGCACCUUGUCAAAGGUCUAAUAAUAAACCAAGUGCUUGUUAUUUCUUCAAAGAAUCCCAACAGAUUUGUCAGGCAAGAUUUUCCCUUGAGGAAAUCAUGCUGAUUACGGCAUAUUUUAUCAUGUGUCUCCAAGUAUCCUGAAAUUACAUCCCUAACAAUAAAUUCCAACAUCUUCCCAACGUUGAGGUCAAACUAACUGGCCUUUAAUUUCCUUUCUUCUGCCUCUCUCCCUUCUUGAAGAGUGGAGUGUGUGAUGAGAAUACACAUAAAUUAAGAUGUUUGCUGGCCUGGGCUAGCAUCAGUGGCAUCAGCAGUUGGUCUGCCACCUGUCCUCGGGGGAAGGAGAGAUAAGGAACAAUGAAGCAGCAUCUGGAGAUGUGUAAUGAAGGGACGGGAGAGAGAGCUGUCUAGAGCGGCUCCCCCUUUGAACCCUGCACUGUUUGAAGUGAUGGACAGGCGAUCUGGAGAUGUGUAAUGAAGGGACGGGAGAGAGAGCUGUCUGGAGUGGCUCCCCCUUUGAACCCUGAACUGUUUGAAGUGAUGGACAGGUGAUACCCCAGCAGGGGGAUAAAAAGGGACAGGUUCGCUAAGGCAGGACACACACGACACCCACAGGUAACGAGACCCUGGAAGCGGUGCGCCUCUCACGAGUCGGUGGGAAGUACUAGACCACAAACGCACAGGGUAGAAAGAUACGAUCAGCGGGAACCCGGUGUGUGUCCACCCUCGCUUGGGUGCUGGGUUCACUGCAGAGGAUCGACCGCAUCUGGAGGAGGGGUCACAGUCGGUGACCUCAGGUGACAUCACAAAGGACCCGCCCGAAAGCUGCUUAUGAGCAAUAUCGCAGGUCUGUGAGUGGAAGCCGUUCUGAAUGAUCAGUCCUUCUCGUUCUCUCUCUCCCUCCCCCCACGUUGUCCAUUGCCAUGGCAACGAUUACUGCGAACUGAACUAAAUCGAACUGGACUUUUGUGUCACUUUGAAAUUGGUCAUUUACCCCUAGACAACGAUAGAGCUUGAUUGAUGCUGUUAUCUUAAUUCUGUGCACAUGUGUGUUUAUCAUUGCUGAACUGUUGCAUUUAUUAUCCUUUCGAUUACUGUGUUGCUUGUUUCUUUAAUAAAACUUUCUUAGUUCUAGUAAUCCAGACUCCAACUGAGUGAUCCAUUUCUGUUGGUUUGGCAACCCAGUUACAGGGUACGUAACAUAAGUGGGGUGCUCGUCCGGGAUUUUGAACGCUAAAUUUGGGACGGAGUAAAUUGAUUGGGUUAAAAUUCCCGAAAGAAAGAAAAGAUAAACAGCAGAAAUGGAGGCUGAGGAAUUUAUAAAGGCACCGACCUUGGAGGCAUUAGAGGAUGCCAGGAAAUCGGAAUUGGUAGCUGUGGCCAAAUGGUUGAACCUUGCUAAGGUGAAGUCGACAAUGAGGAGAGAGGAGAUACACAGAGCUAUCGUAGAGCACUAUGUAUCUAAAGGUGUGUUUCCCCAAGGCGAGCUGGGGGUGGUGUCUAUUGAAAAACCUGCUGGAGACGCGGUACAGGUGCAGCUCGAAAAACUGAGACUCGAGCACGAGUUCCGGGUGCGACGGUUGGAGAGAGAAGAGAAAGAGAGGGACAGACAGUUGGAGAGAGAGGAGAAACAGAGGGAAAGGGAAUUCGAAUUGGAGAAGUUAAGGUUAAGGGCAGAGCAGGGGCUCGUGCCGAACCAUGGUGGAGGGUUCCGGGCGACCCAGGAGGUUAGGCUGGUUCCCCCAUUUGACGAUACCGACGUGGAUCGGUACUUUCUCCACUUCGAAAAAGUGGCUAUAAGUCAGGACUGGCCGAGGGAUAAGUGGGUUGUUUUACUUCAGAGUGUACUGAAAGGGAAAGCCCAAGAAGCUUACUCUGCUUUGUCUGCAGAAGAUGCCCAGAGGUAUGAGGUGGUGAAAGAGGCCAGCCUCAGGAUCUAUGAGUUGGUCCCGGAGGCAUACCGGCAGAGGUUCCGGAAUGCGAGGAAGCAGUGGGACCGCACGUACUUAGAGUUUGCCCGUGAGAUGCAGACAUAUUGUGAGCGUUGGUGUGCCUCGAAAGGGGUAGAGGGGGAUUAUGACAGACUGCUACAGCUGAUCCUGAUUGAGCAGUUUAAAGGUUGUGUCCCUGAGGGUAUGAGACCCUAUCUCUAUGAGAAAGAGGCAGCCACGUUAGCCGCAACUGCUAAGUUAGCGGAUGAGUAUGCGUUGACGCAUAAAAUGAAGUUUGCCCCGAGUAAAGGCUACCAGAAGGGUAGUCAGGACGGCGGGGAGAGUCCGCCGGAAAAGUCAGAAAGUAAGCCAGGGACUAGUGAGAAGGAUAAGGUAGACCAGGAGCAGUCUGGUAGGAAGUCUCCUGGGGUCAUCUGUUAUAAUUGCGGGAAAGUCGGACACUUUGCGUCCAGGUGCUUUGCCCCAAGGAAGGAGAUGGGGAAAGGGAAAACGGGGGUUCUGAAUGGCUGUAUCGAGCUGUUAAGCGAACCGUUAGGGAAGGACAGGUCUGCCAAAGUUCAGGAAGGGCGCGAGAAGUUUAUCUCGGCCGGAUUGGUGUCAGUGAAGGAGGGGUUAAAACCAGUUCCAGUGCGGAUCUGGAGAGACAUGGGAGCGUGUCAGUCACUAAUACUGAAGAGUGUAUUAGAGUUUAGCUCAGAGACCCAGACUGGGGAAGUAGAGGUCAAAGGUGUUGGGGAAGGGACAGAGUCAGUCCCUUUGCACCAGAUACACUUACAAAGCAACCUGGUCUCUGGACUAGUCAGGAUUGGGGUGAGGUCCGAAUUACCGAUGAAAGGCGUGGAAGUCUUGCUCGGUAAUGACGUCGCCGGGGGAAUCGUGUUCCUAGUCGUGAGAUUGACAGGUCAGCCUGCCAGCAUUGAGGCCCCGCCCAUGGACUCACAGGUUCAUCAUGGGGCUGCGGUAGUAAAUUUAGCUGAGAUGUUUCUGCCAACCUUGUACGAGAAGAGGGUAGAAAAUGAAAAGAAGGAGUGUAGUGAGACAAGAGGUAGUGAGGGAGCUGGGACAGACGUAGCAGUAGCCAGGAAAGAAUUUGUGCAGACGUGGGAGCGAGACGAGGGGCUGAUGGUUUUGGCAGAGACAGCUCUCUCUGACACAGGCUUGACAAGGGAACUAGUAGGCUAUUGUAUGGAGGAGGAAGUGCUAAGGAAAAAAGGGAAAUCAAGUACAGUACCCGCAGAUGAGGAGUGGGGGCUGGUGCAAAAGAGUUAUGGGGAUGAGGUUUUUAACAUGGCCCACGAGGUACCCCCCGGUGGACAUUUUGCGGUGCUGGAGGAAACAGUUGGUGGAAUCAUGAAAGAGGUUUACCGGCUGCCCAGGGGGAAGGAUGUUAUUGAUCAUGACCGACGCGAACUGAGACGGUCACAGGCUUUUGAUAUGCUAACAAACCUAGUCGGUGUUAGCGUGGAAAUCAAUGAAGCUAGGGGCCCCCUGAUAAGAGAAAAAAAACAUUUUGAAAAGAUUAGUAUGGGAUCGAUCAGAUGGGAGAAGGCUAUUGUUUUGGCCAGGUCUACUGAUAAGGUCUCUCCCUUAAUCCCCGAACAAAGCGGCUCUUUAGAAGAAGUAAUUAAACGACUCCCACCCGUGUGUUUGAUUGUCCCGAGGCGAUGCAAAGAACUGGGACGUUGGGUGAUGUCUGUUUUAAUAGGCCGGCCUAGUAAACAACAUCCAUAUAUAAUGAGUAAUUCAGUGACUAAAGGACUGACGAACACAGAGGUGUGUAUUGGCAAUUUAAUACGGCUGUCUGAAGCCAGCUUGAUAGUGAACCUUGAAAAAAAUGAAUUCGGCCACACGAGGGUCACUUACCUGGGAAUUGUGGUGACACGGGCAGCUGGCAGCGAUGCAAGCUACAGUGCAGGCUAUCGCUGACCUCCCAACCCCAACAGACAACAGGGCUCUCAGAAGGCUCUUGGAGAUGGUGGGGUACUGUAGGAAGUUUUGCAAUAACUCUGCGGUCACUACCACUCCCCCUCCUACUAAGCCCUUGCGAGAGAAAACUGAGUCGGAAUGGGACGACCCUUGUUAUUGGGGUCCGGGACGAAACCAAAUGAGAGGUUACAUUGAUCGCAAUUCAUCAGUGUUUUUGGCCACUAUGAAGUUUGCUGAGUUGGAGCCUGGUCUAAGGGAUUAUUAAUAACACAUAUAAAAGGAACAGAAAAUGUGAUGACUGUCUGUCAAGGUGUUGACAAUUUCAAACUUGCUGUGUUAGCCAAAUAGCUGAUGAAGGUGUAUAUUUGUGUAUGUAUCAAAUAAUGUAUUCAUGUUUGUAAUUUCUACCUCCCGGUAAAAAUCCUUAAAGGGGGGAAGUGUGAUGAGAAUACACAUAAAUUAAGAUGUUUGCUGGCCUGGGCUAGCAUCAGUGGCAUCAGCAGUUGGUCUGCCACCUGUCCUCGGGAGAAGGAGAGAUAAGGAACAAUGAAGCAGCAUCUGGAGAUGUGUAAUGAAGGGACGGGAGAGAGAGCUGUCUAGAGCGGCUCCCCCUUUGAACCCUGAACUGUUUGAAGUGAUGGACAGGCGAUCUGGAGAUGUGUAAUGAAGGGACGGGAGAGAGAGCUGUCUGGAGCGGCUCCCCCUUUGAACCCUGAACUGUUUGAAGUGAUGGACAGGUGAUAUCCCAGCAGGGGGAUAAAAAGGGACAGGUUCGCUAAGGCAGGACACACGACACCUGAGGUAACGAGACCCUGGAAGCGGUGCGCCCCUCACGAGUCGGUGGGAAGUACUGGACCAUAAACGCACAGGGUGGAAAGGUACGAUCAGCGGGAACCCGGUGUGUGUCCACUCUCGCUUGGGUGCCGGGUUCACUGCAGAGGAUCGACCACAUCUGGAGGAGGGGUCACAGUCGGUGACCUCAGGUGACAUCACAAAGGACCCGCCCGAAAGCUGCUUGUGAGCAAUAUCGCCGGUCUGUGAGUGGAAGCCGUUUCUGAAUGAUCAGUCGUUCUCGUUCUCUCUCUCCCUCCCCCCACGUUGUCCAUCGCCAUGGCAACGAUUACUACGAACUGAACUAAAUCGAACUGGACUUUUGUGUCACUUUGAAAUUGGUCAUUUACCCCUAGACAACGAUAGAGCUUGAUUGAUGCUGUUAUCUUAAUUCUGUGCACAUGUGUGUUUAUCA